GAAAAACAUCCCUCCAACAGUGGCCCAAUCGCCUGCCCAAUUUUUCCGCGCGGCCUAAAACAGCGCUCUACGGUGCCAGAUAUUGGCCAGCGUUGGUUCGCUCCCAAUCCCGAAAUUCUCCGUCGUCGCCUGCCAUUCUUUGCCUCCCGCGCAUUUUCCCUCCCGGUCGCGCCAUUUUUCUGCCAAUCGAGCCUCCGCCGCACCCCAUCCCAGCUCCCAGGGCGCGUUGGGCUACCGGCACCGCCUCCCCUCCGUCCAGCGUGCCGCGCCCCUACUUCCGCCGCGGGCUCCCUGGCAUCGACGGCGCAGGCUCCCGUCUGUCAACCGACGCUAGAUCCCCUGUGCCCACGGCGUUGACUUUGCUUCGUCAAGCGCACGGCCUGCUUUGAAUCGAAGUUAUUUCCAUCCAUCUACUGUGUUGCCGGUUGCUGGAACCAGGACUGGCGGGAACGCCUCCCUCCGUGGCUCCGUCCAGGUAUUCUGGAGAUGGUCUUACGAUAUGUUUGGGGUUUGCAAAAGCAAGACCCUUCAACAAAAGCUGGGGACCUAAAAAGAAAUUUCUUACACCUGCCGCCCGUCCUCGCGAAGUCGCAAUGGCGACCGGGGCGGCCUCCGCGGCUCCGCCCCGAGCAGGACGUGCGGCGCAGGCCGCGGUCACCAGGUCGGUCCCGCAACGCGCCCCACGCUUUCGCUUGGGCUUCUUCCACUAAGCAUGUCUAGUAGGGUUUGGAUCGAUCGAUGGCUUGAUUGGCCUCUUGCCCCAAUGCCGCAAGCUCCUCCGCGGCUUCCCGGUGGUUCCGCGUCUGAUCGAAGGUGCGUCCCAUACUUCGAUUUCAGCGUUCUGACCGCCGCAUGCGCCGCGGGAGCUUCAUGUCACUGCGAUCGCCGAAUCGGUGCUAUGCGGUCCCGCGGGAUGCUUUCGGAAAAAGAGGCCCUGGGGUAUCAGAAACUCAGCAUUGGACUGGAAUUGGGUCUGAAGAUUACAAUCUUUUCAUUUAACAAUCUGUAGGUCGAUUUGUCACUGAGGGGGCAGAACCAUUCUGCAAGUUGCCUAGCAUAUUAUAGUACAACUAAAAAUGAUGCUCAAAGUCAAAGAUGAUGUGUUCCUCAAGCAUUUGUUAUGGCUGUGCCAAUCAUCCUACAGAAAGUCGUCACUUGAAAGUGUAACAUGUGCAUAUUUGACUUUGUUACCAACUAUGAUUGCGUAAGCAGAUUGUAACAGACUUGUCAUGUGGCUUCCUUUGGAGUUAGACUAUGAAGCAAUCGCUACUUGUAUGCUAGCUGCCAAUCUUAAUUCUUCGGAGUAUAUCUUAAUUCUUAAUGUGAAUUGUCUAUUGUAGCCUCAGAGGUUAUCUGCCUAUCGUAACUGUUGCCUUAAAGCCAUUGAGCUAGUUGCAUCAGGGAAAGUUUGUUGCUUCAAAGAAAUCAAGGGAGGAUGGCUGAAAUCUUUGACAAAAUGAAAGUGGAGUUCGUCGACCAAGAUGAGUGUGUGCAGGUUGUUGCCGACAACAUCCGUGGCACCGGUGAGGUUCCUGAAAGGUAUGUCAGGUCUGAGAUUAUGUCUGAUCCUGCCAUCGACGAUGCCAAGGGUUACAAUCUACCGGUAAUUGAUAUGUCGAGAUUGCUGAACCCUGAGUUUUCUGAGGAGGAGACUGCUAAGCUUGGAUCUGCCUGUGAGCACUGGGGAUUCUUUCAGCUAGUGAACCAUGGGUUCAAUGGAGAAUUGCUACAGCAAAUUAAGGCUGACAUCACAGAGUUCUUCAACCUUCCACUGGAGGAAAAGUUGGCAGUGGCAAUUCCACCAAAUGGCAUACAAGGGUUUGGCCACCACUUUGUUUUCUCCAAGGAACAGAAGCUGGAUUGGGUAGAUUUGUUGUUCCUUGCCACACGGCCUGUUGAGGAAAGGAGUCUGGCCUUCUGGCCUACAAAGCCUUCCACAUUCAGGGACACACUGGAUAGGUACUCACUGGGGCUGGCAAAUGUAUCUGCACAAUUGUUCAAGUUUAUGGCCAACAACCUUGGAGUUAACCAUGAGGCACUCCUUGGCACCUUCAAAGGUCUGCCUCAGAGCAUGAGGAUCAACUAUUACCCUCCCUGCAGUCAAGCUGACAAGGUUUUAGGUCUGUCGCCGCAUACGGAUGGUGUUGGCAUGACAUUCCUCCUACAAGUAAAUGAUGUAGAAGGACUACAAAUCAGGAAGGAUGGCAAAUGGUUUCCCGUGAAGGCUAUACCUGGAGCUCUUGUCGUCAACAUAGGGGAUGUUCUUGAGAUCCUCACCAAUGGUAAGUACAAGAGUAUUGAGCACAGGGCAGUAAUAAACCCUGUCAAGGAAAGGAUUACGAUUGCAACAUUCCAUAGCGUCCACCUUGGCUGCACCAUUGGCCCGCUUCAGGAGCUGUUGAAGACGGACGAGGCGCACUACAAGGUGUUAGAUAGUGUUGAGUUCACCAAGGGCUAUUUUGCUGCAAAGCUAGAAGGCAGAAGGUACUUGGAGAGCUUGAAGCUAGGCAUAUGAGAGUAUGCUUUUUUUUUAAUCUUUCUGUUGGUGACUGCGUAAUGAGUAAUUGAUAGUGAGUUUUUUUUUUCUGAUA